AACAAGAUUUAGAUCAUUUCAAAAUCCAUUCGAAAUAUUUUAGGUUCAACAUGUCCUUGAAAAAAAGACUACUGAGUGCAUACAACUUGGAAAAAAGAGCACCAAUCCAAUGGGGACUUGCCCAUGAGAAGACUGCAAUACAAGAAUACUGCAAGGUCUUUGAAGUGAAUGUUUUAGAGACAGGAAUUUGGCUUCAUGAGUCUGGGGUACUUGGAGCCUCUCCAGAUGGCUUUGUUCAAGGAAAUCCAAAGAACAUCACUGAACGAGUCCAUCAACAAGAAAAGAACUCAACAUUGCUGUCAGCUGACAUUGUUGAGGUGAAAUGUCCAUUUUCCGCCAGAUCAAUGACAAUCAAAGAAGUUUGUUCAAAUGUGAAGGAUUUCUUUCUUGAUUGUAAUCCAAGUGAUAAUUCACUUCACCUCAGAACACAACAUGAUUAUUGGCACCAGAUCCAAGGACAGUUGUACCUGACAGGAACACAGUGCUGUGACUUAGUAGUGUGGACUCAGGCAGACAUUCAAGUUGUUCGUAUCGAGAAAGAUGCAUCAUGGUCAUCAAACAUCUUGAACAUGAUCGAGUUUUAUUAUAAAGUGUUUCUGCCUAGUUUAUGA